ACAUAUAUUUACAUGAGUAAUUUUACAAGAAAAAAAAAACAUUAAAAUUUUCCAAAUUUCUUCAAAACGAACGCGCAUAUGCAGCAACGUCCAAUCAUGGCGUUCUGGUUGAAAUUUAAAUUAAACGGAAAAGACGUUACACAAAACGUGAGAAAUGAAAGCCGAGUGAUCAGCCCGUCUGUGCGCGAGAUGGGCAUCGUCGGCAACUUUUUACUUUAUAUAAUUUUUAAUAAUUGUUUAUCAAGAAUUCAUUGUCUUACGCAAUUGUAUAUUAACGAGGUUUUAAAAAUGAGCACUUAUUCAAAGGACAGGAUCAAAGCGAUGAUUGCAAAAGAUGCAGAAGACCUUUUUAAUUGUUGUGAAGAAGUUAAAAAAUCUAUAAGAGAUAGUGUAGAUGAUAUUUUGGAUUAUCUACAAGAUUUAAUAACGCAAAUACCUCAAUCAAGAUCUGGACCUCUUAUAGCAAAAACUCCAAAGUUAGUGAAAAGAAAAGGAGUUCAACGUAUUGAAACAAUACCAGAAGAUAGUGUUUUAGAUACUACAGAAAUUGUGUUAUUAUCUUCUGUUAAUAAAGAUGAGAAAUUGAAAAAUGAAUCAAAUUUAGAAGAAACUAUAGGUACAAGAACUAAGAGAAAAGCUUCUAAGACUGCAGCAGAUAAUAUAAGAAAGCAGCAAUCUAUGUCGCUAACAAGUAAAUUACGAAAACCUGAAAGCUUGCAACAAAACGAUAAUACAAAUAAGAUACUUUCUGACAAUCGAAUUAAAAGGACUAAAUCUUCAAGAAGUUCUGAUGAAGAUGAAGAUAAAAGACCAGCAAAACAUACUAAAAUAGAAGAACAUAAAACAAGAAACAAUAGUCUGAAAGAUGUGAAUGAAGCAAAUAUUAAUACGCAAAUGAGUGCUGCUGAAGACAAUGCUGUCAAAGUUGAAGAAAAUUGUAUCUCUGCUUUAAAACAUCAUAGAUCAAGUGAAAGAAAAAUUUCUAGGGAUAUUCAAAAAGAAAAUGGAGGAAAGGAUGAUAUUAUCGAUGAAAUACUUUCUGUUCCUGUUACAGAUGACAUUGAUGAGCCAUCAAUGUAUGAAGAUGCAUUACCAAAACAUCUUCCAAUUAUGAAUUCAACAAUGAAAGUUAGUUCUACUUUAUUAGAUAAAAUGAUGAAUGUAACAGUAGUAUUAGAACCUUUAUCAAGGCAAAUAAUAUUAAAUGAAACAGUAACGAUAAAGAAAAGUUCUGUAAAUUCAAUCAGUAAUGAACUUAAUAAUAAACAAUAUAUAGAGCAAAACAAUACUAUCACAAAUGAUAAGAAUAAAUUAAGUUCAUGUUAUUCAUCUGAAACAAAAAAGACAUCUAAAAAUCAAGCAAAGGACAGGGUUCAACAAUUUAAAGAUGCUAUGGCAAAUAAAGAAUUUGAUGAAUUAAUUACGGAUGAUGAAUCUUCACCGGAAAUAAAUAGAGUACGAGGAAAAGUACAAAAUCUUAAAGUAGACGUAAAUUCUAAAAAGCAAAAGAAAAUCAUACAAUCUCCUUCAACAAGUGAUGAUGAAGUUCUUAAUACACCUAUGAGACCUGUUAUAAAAGAAAAUUCUGCUUUAAAGGAGUUAAGAAGUACUUAUAAGUCAAAUGUUCUAUUUAGUCCUUAUGCCAAGGAAUCUGUUAAAAAACGGGUAGAAGCAUUUGAACAGGUUUGUAUGAGUAGUCCUAGAUUAAUUGACGAAGAUGCACCAAUGAGAAUAACUAGAACGAAAACACGUGCCAUGGCUGCUGCAGAAGCUGAUAAAACUGUCGCACAAAAAUUAGCUCGUAAGUCCCUUGCAAGAGCAAAAAAAAUUUCUUUGGCAAAACAAGUAAAAGAUGAAGAAUUUAAGGAAAACAAAUUGAACAUAGCAACAAACAUGGGAACGAAUAAAUUAUUGCAGAAUGAAAAAAUCAAUCCAAAGCAACGACAAAAAGUAACUCCUCUCAGCAAACCUAAAAUACAAUUACCAAUGUCUUUGAAUCGUAAUCCAAAAACUCCAAUCAACAAUCAACUGCUUCCAAACUCUAUAAAAGCUUUUACAGCUUCUCGUGCAAACAUUGUAACAUCAGUAGAAUCAUUAAUUCCCAUGCCAAGAACAGCUAGUAAGCAAAAUUCUAUAGAUAAAAUAGAAGAGACAAAACGAAAACAGAUAAAUGAUGAAAAUGCAAGGAGAAAAAGAGAUGAAGCCUUGAGACUUCAGACAGAAGAAAAAAGAAGGAAGAGACAAGAGAAGGAAUUAAAAAAUAGAUUAGCACGAGAAGCCAAAGAGAAACAAGAAUUAGAAAAACGGCAGAGGGCAGAACGAGAGAAGGAAGAGAAAGCGAGAUUAGCACAGCAUAUACAAGAAAAGCAACGUGAAGAAAUGGAAAGAAAACGACUUGCACAAUUACAAAGAGCUCAGGAGAAAGAGGAAAAGAGAAAGCAAGAAGAACAACUAAGAUUAAAACGAUUACUUGAACAAGAAGAAGCAGAACGUUUACUUGCAGAGCAAAGACGUAGAGAACAAGAAGCUGAUAAACGACGAGAAGCUGAAGCAAGAGCACAACAACAAGCUGCUAUAGAAGCAAUGCGGUUAAAAGCACAAAUGCUUACAGGACAAGCAAAAAAUAAACAAAUGGCUACUAAUAAAAAUCAGGGUCCAGUAAAUUACAUUCUUGACAGUGAACCUGAUGACGAUGACUCAGAUGAUGAAUCCAAGCCAAAACAUGUAAUUCCAUAUUGGGCACAGCCACAUAUAAGAAAAGCACAACUAGCAAUGCAGCGAUAUAUACCAGAUAUAGCAGUUUAUAAAUUCUUUGAUACUCGAAAGUGUACUCCAGAUUUAACCGAAUUAUUUAUUGGUAUUGAUAGAAAUAGAUUGAAACGUACAUCAAGUGCAAUCUGGAAAACACCACCUCGUUAUUCAAUGAUGGAAACUGAAUAAUUAGUCUCCUUUCAAUGAAAUUGAUAUUUAAUCACAGCUCUAUUAAUAUUAUUAAAUAUAUUAAGCAUAACAUGUUUAAUACUAUUAAACUGUUUAAGAAUUUUUUGUGCUUUGUAACAUAUAACUUCAACGAUCUAUGAAUUAUUUGAUAUGCACAUACACGUAAUGUGUGCUUCUAUCAACAUAAGUAUGUUGUAAUUUGUAUUAAAUUUUCGUAAUAAUAAUGUACCCAGUACUUCUAUGUUCUUUA